GGGGUGAAAUGAAGUUAUCUUAAAUAAACCAUUAGGCUGUGCACGCCACCCAGGCCACUGUGUUCAUCUUCUUCAGGAAACGUGGUUCUCCCCUGAUCUCUUGUAAUCAAGCAUCCCAGUCACUUCCUGUCUGUCUUGGUUCCUAUGAGGUGAAACAAACUUCUUGUUGCAGUCAGAAAAGCUGAAACACUGGCCAUAUUCCUUCCAGACUAAAGACCCACCUCUUCAGCCUACAACUCAGCCCCCCUAUCUAAAGCCUGAUCUUUUGGUCCCGUCAAGAUUAAUGAAGUGACCGUGAAGAGUUUAAUUCAACCCCAAUGUGCGUAAAAGCCCGAAGUGUGAAACCACCUUCCAGUUCACCGCCAUCGACACUACUGCGUCACCAAAGCCUCUCCCGCAGAACUUGCUGAAAUGUCCAGCUACUUAAAAAGACAUCAACAUGAAGCUGCAGAUCCUAAUGACCCUGGCCUUUGCCUUUGUAACUACAGUUGUGACAGAUACUUCUGCAGAAAUCAGUUCUACUUCAAUGCCAGUGAACUCCACAUCUAAUGACACAAGCGCAGCUCCAUCAAGUUCAGCUGGAAGUAACAUUGCAACUGCUCUAAGCACAGCUCCAUCCUCUUCACCUUCACCUGAUGUACAUGCAAGCUCUCCAAGUGCAGGUCCAAUGCCUUCACCUUCACCUGAUGUACAUGCAAGCUCUCCAAGUGCAGGUCCAAUGCCUUCACCUUCACCUGAUGUACAUGCAAGCUCUCCAAGUGCAGGUUCAAUGCCUUCACCUUCACCUGAUGUACAUGCAAGCUCUCCAAGUGCAAGUCCAUCACCUUCACCUGAUGUACAUGCAAGCUCCCCAAGUGCAGGUCCAAUGCCUUCACCUGAUGUACAUGCAAGCUCUCCAAGUGCAGCUCCAUCACCUUCACCUUCACCUGAUGUACAUGCAAGCUCUCCAAGCGCAGGUCCAAUGCCUUCACCUUCACCUGAUGUACAUGCAAGCUCUCCAAGUGCAGGUCCAAUGCCUUCACCUUCACCUGAUGUACAUGCAAGCUCUCCAAGUGCAGGUCCAAUGCCUUCACCUUCACUUGAUGUACAUGCAAGUUCUCCAAGUGCAAGUCCAUCACCUUCACCUGAUGUACAUGCAAGCUCUCCAAGUGCAGCUCCAUCACCUUCACCUUCAUCUAAUGUACAUGCAAGCUCUCCAACUGCAGCUCCAACACCUGCCCCUACUACAACAACAGGUCCAACUGCAGCUCUGCAGUUGGUAUUCACUUCCAACGAGGUAUUCACUACUGAACUGUCUGACAGUAACUCCCAGGGCUUCAAAGACAGAGUCAGACGGACAAAGAAUGCGCUCGAACCUGUGUACAAAGCCCGCUUCCGUAACUUCAUCGAGCUGCUUGUGCGACGGUUCAGGCCUGGAUCCAUUGUCACUGAAGCUGAUCUGGUCUUCAACACUUCCUCAUCCGCUCCCAACACCACCGAGGCAGCCUCGGUCCUCCAGGACGCAGUCCAGAAUGGGAAUCUUUCCAUCCCCAUCAACGCCAGCUCCAUCUCUGUGGCCCCGGCUCCAGCUCCAACUGCAGCUCCAUCACCUUCACCUGAUGUACCUGCAAGCUCUCCAAGUGCAGGUCCAAUGCCUUCACCUUCACCUGAUGUACAUGCAAGCUCUCCAAGUGCAGGUCCAAUGCCUUCACCUUCACCUGAUGUACAUGCAAGCUCUCCAAGUGCAGGUCCAAUGCCUUCACCUUCACCUGAUGUACAUGCAAGCUCUCCAAGCGCAGCUCCAUCACCCUCACCUUCACCUAGUGUACCUGCAAGCUCUCCAAGUGCAGCUCCAGCACCUUCACCUAGUGUACCUGCAAGCCCUCCAACUGCAGCUCCAACACCUGCCCCUACUACAACAACAGGUCCAACUGCAGCUCUGCAGUUGGUAUUCACUUCCAACGAGGUAUUCACUACUGAACUGUCUGACAGUAACUCCCAGGGCUUCAAAGACAGAGUCAGACGGACAAAGAAUGCGGUUGAACCCCUGUACAGAGCCCGCUUCCGUAACUUCAUUGAGUUGCUCGUGCGACGGUUCAGGCCUGGAUCCAUUGUCACUGAAGCUGAUCUGGUCUUCAACACUUCCUCACCCUCUCCCAACAACACUGAGGCAGCCUCGGUCCUCCAGGACGCAGUCCAGAAUGGGAAUCUUUCCAUCCCCAUCAAUGCCAGCUCCAUCUUUGUCAACGCGGCUCCAGCUCCAACUGCAGCUCCAUCACCUUUACCUUCACCUGAUGUACCUGCAAGCUCUCCAAGUGCAGCUCCAUCACCUUCACCUGAUGUACCUGCAAGUUCUCCAAGUGCAGCUCCAGCACCUUCACCUGAUGUACCUGCAAGUUCUCCAAGUGCAGCUCCAAUGCCUUCACCUUCACCUUCACCUAAUGCAACAGCUGAGACUCCAGCUGUGGCUCCAACUGCAACUACCACAACAGAAGCACCGGGAAGAACUCUGUUGUUGUUUUUCUCCUCCAAUGAAAACUUCACUUCAGAUCUUUCUGACAGUAACAGCAACGCUUUCAAGGCCAGAGUCACCCGUACAAAGAAGGCGAUUGAACCUUUAUACAGGGGGGCCUUUGCUUCCUUUCUGCGGCUGGUCGUGCUAAGGUUCAGGAGUGGCUCCGUUCUGACUGAUGCCGAACUGGUCUUCAACAGUUCCGGAGCUGUGCCGAGCGCCAGUGAGGCGGCCGCAGUUCUGCGAACAGCUGUCGAGCCUGGAAAUUUUUUCCUCAUCCCCAUCAAUGCCAGCUCGAUCAGUGUCAUCGAUCCUGCGUCCACCACCCCAUCUGCCACGACUGGUGCUGUGACGGCCAGCGGCGUGACCAACACGACCAGUGGUGUUUCUCCUGUAACCGGAAGCGUGUUCACCUGCUUCAUGGUGACUUUGGCCUCCUUCCUGCUGACUUCAGUGUUGCACUUCUCAUGAAACACACACAUACACGUACACCCACCUAGAUAUAUAUAUACUCGCACACACACACAUACACA